AUAGUAACAUUUAUAAACACCAAUGUCACUACAAAUGCAGUGUUGCCUGCUAUCAUGGAGAAGCAGCUUAAAAAGAAAACACGCUUAAACUGCAGAUAGAAUGACAUGGGAGGAAAAAUCACAGGACAAAGCAAGACCACCCAAUGAUGAACUCUGCAGAGAUGAGGAAGAUCAUCUGGAGAAGAUCAUGAUAGCAUCUGAGAAUGCAGAUGCCACAGGCAUUUCAAUUCUCUGCUCAGCGUGUCAACAAGCAAUAUAUCCACACCAUUUUUUUCAUCACAAAAAAACCCACAAAGCUCUAACUUUGUUGGGCUGUGACAGCUCACAAACAAGGGUGGAUGCUAAAACACUUUUAGCUCAGCGACAGAAGCUAAUUUCAAAAGUGACCGAGCUUCCUAAGAAUUCUGAAAGACAUCGGCAGAAGAUCAACACUUCAUUUGAAUUUCUUAUGGAUGGUCACGCUCCUAGAUUGUGUUGUGAUCACAAUACAAACAGUGUUAACACUCUCAAGGAAGUAAAGAAUUCAUCAAUAAAAGCAUUAUCAAUUAGUGAAGAUAAAAAUUCCAUAUGGCAGAGAGACAUGGAAGACAGAUUUUUUGUAGUGGACAACUAUGGAAGUAGGACAGAUACAUGUUUUCUGGGACUAAUUGAUGGGCACCAUGGAAUGACAGCUGCAGAAACAGUUGCAGCAGAGCUUCCACUUUUAUUUCUUGACCAGCUUGCUCAAACAGACCCCUCCUACAAAAUGACCAAGGAGGAAAGGCAAAUUCUAGACUCUCUUGCCACUGUAAUCACGGAAGACUACAGGGAAAAAGAGAGGAUUUUCUCUGACAGACAGGAGAACAAGACCCAUAAGACAAAUACUUACGAAUGGAUUCACAAAGCAUACACCAAGGCCUUCUGGAGAAUGGACAGACUUUUACAGCUAGGAAGGAAUGAGGUUUCCAGAGUUCGAUGGAGUGGCUGUUCAGCUGUAACCUGUUUGAUGGAAAGACUCCCCAGUGAAAAUACGGAUGACACUGAACACUUUGAAAACAGUUUGCAAAGUUCAUUAACUAGGACAACUGAGGAUGUUGCUGGGCUCCUGCACAUUGCUAACAUAGGUAACGUACACGCUGUUUUGUGUAAAAACGGCAAGAGUUAUCGCCUCUCAGAAGAGCACAGCACUUCUAAUGUAAGGGAGAAAAAACGCAUACUUCAGAAUGGUGGAAACAUCAGCCCUAAUGAACCAGAUGGAUUAGUAGAGGGUCACCUUAGAACUACAAGAGGUCUUGGAUAUCAUGGAGAUCCCGCACUAAAAGGAUCCGUGAUUCCCGUACCUCAUAGCAUCUCUGUCCCAAUUGACGAUUCCUGUCAAUUUCUUAUUUUAGCUUCUAACGGGCUGUGGGAGGUUCUGGAUUACAACGAAGUGUGUGCGCUAACACUAACAACAUUCACUCAUUAUCUGAGAACGUAUGAACGCAUUCAACAAAACGGGGCUUCUCUGUAUAACUGCCUGUAUUUGUUACCCUGCUCUGAAGAAGAGUUAAGUGACUCAAAGGCUACAAAUUAUCAGCAAGUUGGAACAGAGAUGCAGGACUCCAGUAUGGAGAUUUUUCUCCCUGACUCAAAAAGCAGCACUACACACGGAAAGCCAAGAUGUUCUAGGAUGAGCUAUUUGCAAAGUGAAAAUGGAGAUGUUCCUAAGGAAACUGAUGACCACAAAAAUCAAGCUGAUCCAGAACUGACACUUUUUAGUAAUGAUGAGAUAGGUCCAGAGAAAAGAGGGAUAAAACAGUCUGAUUCUAGCACACAAAUCAGCUCUGAAGAAAUGAAGCAGUCAGAGGACAGAAAAGUUUAUCUACGUAACAGUUCUCAGCCACAUUCACAAACCACAGCACCAGAAGAAACAGACAUUAUCCAUGCAACUAGUCCAAGUUACAUCCACAAACAGCUGCCAAAUAAACUGACAGUAAGGCCUGAAGACAUGAAACAGACUCAAAAUUGUACAAAAGCAUCUCUCUCUAUUUAUGACUCAGAUCUACAACAGGCUGAAAAAACAAAUUCUAAGAUAUCACAUGCCAAGCCUGUAGGUUAUACUGGCCACCAACUGCUGAAGGCUCCAUUGCCAGUGGAUUGUAAGACACCUACACAUUUUGAAGAAGACAUAAAAACAUACCUGGCCAGUUGUGAAUCACAAAUUGCAGGAAAAGGUGGGGUCACUUCCAAGGCACUCUAUGACAAUGCAGCAAGCUACAUCAGUGAACAAUUGGUAAAGGCUGCAUUACAUGCAGGUUCAAGAGAUAAUAUUACUAUUUUGAUUGUACUUCUAAACGGAUGUGAUAAGUUACCCAACUAACUAAACAUUUAAGAGGUAUCAUAUGACAAAUGGAGUUUCACACAGCACGAGCAUAUAUUUAGCUGUGUCAUGAAGUUACUUGCAAUCACCUUAAAUGCUGACCCAUAUAGCAAAUCAGACGUGCUCUCAAACUGUUCAAAUGAAAUAAAUACCUCUGAAACUCGCAGUAAGAAACAGUAAUCAGACUUUUUU